AUGGCAACCACCGUGAUGACCACUCUCCCCCAAUUCAGCGGUCUUAGACCCCAAUUCUCAGCUGCCCCUGUGCAGAACUUGGUUGCUGUCCAACCCAUGAGGCGCAAGGGGAAGGGUGCUUUGGGAGCUAGAUGUGACUACAUUGGUUCAUCCACUAAUCUGAUUAUGGUGGCUUCCACAAGCCUGAUGCUGUUUGCUGGAAGGUUUGGAUUGGCUCCAUCGGCAAACAGAAAAGCCACUGCAGGGCUAAAGCUGGAGGUGAGGGACUCAGGCUUGCAGACCGGUGACCCUUCUGGCUUCACCCUUGCUGACACCUUGGCCUGUGGAGCUGUUGGCCACAUCAUUGGGGUUGGGGUUGUUCUUGGUCUCAAGAAUCUCGGUGCCCUUUAA